CGUUUUACUACACGUGUGGUACGGGGAUGUUCUCGAUCCUAUCGCCAUACUACAUUUACGGGAACGUUCUCCAAUGCUGGUGUGUGUGCACUGGGUCCUCUUACGUCAAACUCCGCUAUGGGAGAAAAGACAACUUCAAACGGAGGCGGCUCCAGUCUUUAUCGUACCUGCCAGGUGUUAUAUGGACAUCCAUUCCCUGGUGCAGUAGACUCUACGAAUGUCUAUCCAGUAAUGAAUGUGAAUUACAAUACUUCGCUACACAUGCCCAUUGUGCCAAGUGGUUCAUCAUCACGUGUUCUUUAUUUUUGAGCCAUUUUCCAGAGAGGCUUUGGCCGGGCAGGUUUGACAUAAUAGGGCACAGUCACCAGUUGUUCCACAUUGCUAACUGUAUAACAGUGCUACACCAAAUAUCGGUAGCUGAAUAUGAACUGAAGCAUAGAUCUCAGGAAGAAAUAAUCUUAAU